UCGCAGCGUUCACACCCAAGUUCCUUCUGAAGCCGAAAUUAUAUACAUAUAUAUUUUUUUUCUAUCUCAAAAGUCCAAUUGAGAUGUUGAUUUGCAAGUCACCCAGUUUGCUCUGCUCACACCGAGGUAUAUUCGGGCUGCGUCUAUCGUGGCUCCUUACCUUGAUUACCUGUAGUAUUGUAAUUGUGCUGCUUAAUUCAUAUCGGAUUGCAUACGAUGCGAGAGUCAGCAAAUCAACUGAAAUAGACUACUCAGAAAUGGAAUCAUCCAAGGAAAAAGAACAAUUACUUCGGCAAAUUGGAAGGGACCUUUACUAUACAAAGCAAUACAUUAGUGGUCAGCUGCAACUACUGAAACAGACAACGAAUAGCACUGGUCACUUGGACACCAUCCUCGAAGAUAUGAAUGACUACUUCAGAGUCCUUCGUCACGACCUGAAUCAUCUUCGGGACACUGAUGGUGCAAGUGAGUGGCGUUGGAAGGAAGCAGAAGCCCUCAGCGAACUGGUCCAGCACCGGAUCCACGUCCUCCAGCAUCCGAAGGACUGCAACUCCGCCAGGAAACUGCAUUGCGAAUUCUCCGGAGGGGGUCGUGGUGUCGGAAGCCAGUUUCACCACCUGACCAUCUGCUUCGUGGCGGCCUAUGCGACUCAGAGGACGCUUCUUCUGAAAACUGAGGGCUGGUUUAACACUCCAAGAGGUCUCGACACGUUCUUUCUGCCGUUGAGUAACAGCUGUACUAAGGCUGACAUGUCUCAGAUGGUUUCUUGGCCAGGCACCGACUCCCUCCUGGUGGGAAUCUCCAAGAGUGAUCACUUGAAACCCAAGCCGUACUCUCCGCUGAAGUCCAUUCCCAGGGACCUCUCCGAGCGCCUCUUUCGCCUGCACGGGGACCCCUACGCGUGGUGGGUCGGGCAGUUCUUCAAGUACACGAUGAGGAUGAAUUCCCAGUUCGAGGACUACGUUCGAGAGUUAGCUCGCGAGAUCGGAUACGAGAGUCCUAUCGUUGGGAUACAAGUCAGACGGACAGACAAGACUUCGAGCGGCCUCACCUUCAUCCCUCUCAAGAACUUCAUGGACGUCGUGGCCGGGUUCUACGACGACCUCGAACUUCGUCAGGAGGUCGGGACUCGUAGGGUCUUCGUGGCGACGGACGACCCUUCCGUGAUCGAGGAAGCCAAGGAAAAAUAUCCCGACUACCAGUUCGUGUACAACGAGGCGAGUAUCGUGUCAGCUGACUUGCACAACCGCUGGACCGAGUCGAAUCUUCGCUAUUACUUAGCGGACAUCUAUUUUCUCUCGAGGUCGAACUAUCUGGUCUGCACCAUGAGUUCUAACAUGUGUCGGUUCGCCUACGAGGUCAUGCAGACAGUGUACCCCGAUGCCUCGCUACUGACCAGGGGGUUGGAGUUGCCUUUCUACUUCAUGGACGGGCAAGGAGGGCACAUUCUCAGGGCACGUUUCUCUCACGUUCCGAGGAGAAGCGAAGAAAUGGGCCUACAAGUUGGAGAUAAGAUAUCUGUUAGUUUCAAAUAUUAUUAUAGAAAACUCCUUGUUGAAAAUGGCUUCUUGUAUGGUGUGAAUUUACGCACUUCAAUGAAAGGUUUAUUCCCAGUGUAUAAAACCGUCGAUGUUCUGGAUGUGGUUGAUUUCUCAUCCUUUGAAGAGAUUGAUAGAAUGUAAAAUGCCGAUGAUACACUCUGUUCACGUUCUAGUUUCAUAUUUUCGUUCUUCUAAAUUCAUAGGAUAUAUCUGGUUACUGCUGUAUCAAACAAACAAACAAACAAACACACACACACACACACACACACACACACACACACACACACACACACACACACACACACACACACACACACACACACACACACACACACACACACACACACACACACACACACACACACACACACACACACACACA